UUAGGUGAAUGUUCUUACCCUACGGUUUGUGGGAAUUAUGGAAUUUGCUCAAAAGGGCAGUGUAGCUGUCCUCCAUCAGCCAUCGAUGGAACAAAUUAUUUCAAGCAAGUAGAUUAUAGGCAGCCUAAUCUUGGCUGUUCUGAAACUACUACUCUGUCCUGUGAAGCCUCAAAGCACAGUUUUCUAGAGAUCAAGAACACAACUUACGCCAUCUUUGAUUCCGACCUUGAAAACGUGGAUUUGGAGAGUUGCAAGGUGGCUUGUUCAAAAAACUGUUUGUGCAGAACUGCUCUUUUUCGAUAUGGUAUCGAUGCUGCAAGAGGCAGUUGUUUCUUGCCAUCCCAGAUUUUUUCAUUGGUGACUUAUGACAAUAGAUAUUACAACUCAACUAUCCAUGUAAAGGUGCAAAAUGUCACAAAUGUGAGCGAUGUCUCAAACGUGGAUUUGGCUCC